AUGCAUUUCGCUAUGCCUCCACGAAAAACGUCGCGGCCGCCGCCAUAUGCACGCAAUCAAGGCUCGAUAAUAGCAAUACCACCAGCCCUGAAGAAUCUGCUACGGAGAGACAAAUUGCGGUUGGUGGUGGUAGGCAUACUUGGCUUCUUGGGCAUUGUAUGGUUAUUAGGGAGAAGAGGCGGCAACAGCCAAGGAGUGGCAUGGACCGCAGCACACAUACCCAAGGUCGCAAUUGGGAGCGGGGCGCCCGUGGUGAUAGUCACAGUGAUAGAUCCCAAGGCGGACCCGUCGUGGACACAAAGAAUCAAGAGUAACCGGGAGGAAUAUGCCAAACGACAUGGCUACCUGACCUUCUUCCCCACCGACGACCAGUACCCUCUCCGCGGCUCCCCAGCAACCUGGUCCCGCGUCCCGGCCAUCCGCCAUGCCAUGACUCUCUACCCAGGCUCAACCUUCUUCUGGUACCUCGACGCCACCGCCCUCAUCAUGACACCCUCGCUCGCCAUCCACACACACCUCCUCACCCCCGCGCGGCUCGAAAGUCUGAUGAUCACCAAUGCACCCGUCGUCCCGCCAGACAGUGUUAUCAAGACGUUUAGCAAUCUCAAGGGCGACAGAAUCGAUUUUGUAGUGACACAGGACAAGGAGGGAUUGGCGCCGAGUAGUUUUGUGAUCAGGAACGGGGAGUGGGCCAAGUACUUUUUAGACGCCUGGUUCGAUCCCAUCUACCGGAGUUAUAACUUCCAGAAGGCGGAGAGCCAUGCUUUGGAGCAUAUUGUGCAAUGGCACGGCACGAUUCUUGCCAAACUCGCACUGGUCCCGCAGAAUAUGCUGAAUGCAUACGCUUCUGGCCCCGCGAGCCUCAAGGACGGACAGUUCAAAGAGGGAAAUCUAGUCGCCACUUUCCCUGGCUGCGACAAAGACGCACGAGACUGCGCGAAAGAACAGCAAACGUACUUUGACGUACUGGAGAGGACGAAAACUUAG